AUGGCCAUUAAUCAGUCGAUGCGUGGUGUUGAUGGAAAAGUCCUCCUAUCUUCCAACCCUCCUAGGGACCUUCAGCCAAAAGAAGUUCUAAUAAAAAUCACGCAUAGCGGACUCUGUGCUAGUGAUCUUGCCUAUCUUCAAUACGGCUGUGUUCUUGGCCACGAAGGUGUCGGUAUUGUCGAGGACGUUGGAAGUGAGGUUACUAAACUCAACGUUGGCGAACGAGUGGGAGGGGGUUAUUUGCGUAGCAGCUGCGGCAAUUGCAGUUACUGCAUCUCAGGCCAGGAUAUUCUUUGCUACAGCCGUAACAUUUUCGGCGAGGGUGACUUCAACAACGGCACCCUGGGCCACCAUUUCAUUGCCCAAGAGGGCUAUGUCUAUCCUAUCCCAGAGGAAAUACCAUCCGAAGAGGCGGCCCCUCUUCAGUGCGCUGGUUCUACCGUCUACAGUGCCUUGAUCAAAUACUACAAACAUGGUAUGCGCAUCGGCAUCCUGGGCAUCGGCGGCUUGGGCCACUUGGCAAUUCAGUUUGCCAACAAGCUUGGAGCACAUGUUACUGUCUUUAGCACUACUGCUUCCAAAGAAGAAGAGGCCAGGCAGUUUGGAGCUCACCACUUUGUUGUCCUCGGCCAAGAGAAGGAGCAGCUCCAGCAACCUAUCGAUCUACUUCUUCUGACUGGCAGCAAGACUCCGGACUGGAAUAGCUUUAUGGAAAAGGAAAUCCUCGCUCGAGGUGCAUCUGUUGUUGCAAUUGGCUUCACUGGGCCUCUACUUGAAAUUCCCUUUAUGCCGACAUUUUUUAACGGCUAUAAUAUUGUGACGAAUUUGGUGUCCUCUCGCAGGGCUCAUCAGGAGAUGUUAGAGUUUGCUGCGCGCAACAAUAUACACCCUGUUAUUGAGAAAUUUCCGUUCAGCAAUGAGGGCAUUGCGGCUGGGAUAGAAAAGCUUACUAGUGGUAAGAUCCGUUACAGAGCUGUUCUGGUGUGGUAG